UCCAAACAGAAAUUUCGUAUCCAAUUUACUCCCUAGAAUAUUCGAUACAAGCGCAGAAUUGGACAACAUAUUAACUUAAAAGGCCAGAAUGGCUUUGAAUUUGGAUGUGGUGCCAAAAGAUUUAAGAGGCCUUCGGGCCUGUUUAGUUUGCUCCUUAAUAAAGACAUUCGACCAAUUUGAGUACGAUGGAUGUGACAACUGCGACGAGUUUCUUCGAAUGAAACAAAACAAAGACAACGUUUACGAUUGCACCAGUAACAAUUUCGAUGGAAUGAUAGCAGUAAUGAGCCCAGAGGACAGUUGGGUGUGCAAGUGGCAGCGCAUCAGCCGGUUUCGUCAAGGAGUCUAUGCAAUCUCAGUAUCCGGUCGACUGCCAGCCGGAGUCAUUAGAGAAAUGAAAAGCCGUGGCAUUGUAUACAGGCCGAGAGAUACGAGCCAGCGAUAAAAACAACCAAUAAUUUACUUAUGUCAAUCACUAAUUUUUUUAAAU